AUGGUUCGCAUUGCCGAUGCGAUUGAACGGGCGGUGACUCUUCUUUGGGGGAAGCUUAUCAAGAGGGGGAGUUGUGGCUCUGCUAAAACCUUGGAGGGUAGAGGAGGAGGAGGGUUCUGUGAUGCCUUUGAGAAAAUGGCUAAAUUUCAUGUAUAUACCCGAAUCACGGGGAUCCAAUUUUCUCCUCUGACAAGGAGAGGCACAUGUGGAGGUGGGAAGACUCCAAAAUAUGCUCCGUGUAUGCUGGAUGUAUUUUUUUUGUUUCCGCCUUCUUUUUUAGUUCCAUCUGUUGAUUCACAGUUUGCUCUUACAUUUGCAGCAGAGUCUGGGUAA